AUGACUAUCUCCACUAAGACGUCCCAGGCUACCCUUCCCGAUGAACCGUUGUUCCGACGGAUGCUUGAGAAUGCCACCGAACGGCCCUCUCAUCUCUUAAUCUCCGACAAAAGCGUGGGCGUCGAGGCCGAUAGCGCGACAAUCUUCUCCGACCUCCUGCACAUGCUCAAUACCAUUCGUCAACAUGAAAACACGGCACACUCGUUCAUCAGUGUGCUCAUGCCCGUCAACUACGAGUUUAUCAUUACGGUUCUGGCAGUGCUUGCUUCCGGCCAGGCAUUUGCGCCAAUCCGCUUUGGCCAUACAGCGGAAUAUGCACUUGGCCUGAUGAAGCGCUGCCGAUCAACCUGUCUGGUCUACGGAGCUCUUGAGGAGAGUUUUGCCAUCGAUAUCCAGCAUCUUGCCUCUGUCCAGGGAUAUCCCAUCCAGAUUGUCCCUUUCGGAAGAGCGACCAACCCAUGUCUAAAUUUCGAGGACCUCCAUCUUAGCUUGGACACCGACAUCACUCUCAACCCCGACCGUCCAGCCAUGCUUGUUUACAGCAGUGGGACAACCGGCGAGAAGCCCAAGGGAAUCCUCCACAAGCGGAGCUUCUUCGACCGUCCCGGCCGUAUCAAUCCUCAUUCCAUCUUCCUCAUGAUGGCCGACCCAUUGCAGACAAUCAGCUCCAUCAACAUUCUGGCCCUCACUGUCUCCACGGGAUGUCAGUUGCGCUACAUCUCGCGCACCGACGGCGUCCCCGAGAUCUGGGAGCAGUUCCGUACCGGCCGCAUUUGCUCCUUCACUGCAAUCCCCGACACCUGGAACGAAAUGGCCUGGUACUACCGCAACCGCAUUCACAACCUCCCACAGGAGACGCGAGACAGUUAUCUCGAAGGCGCGCGGAAAGUCAUGUUCCCCUACACGCAAGGCGCGAGCACGCCCGCAUCGGUCCUGCGCUUUUGGAAAGAGGAGCUGCAACGACCGGUUUAUAACGUAUUUGGAGCCACGGAGCUUGGAGGCCUAGCUCUUUGCACUGGUCCUGAUACUGUCUCCGAUGACUACGAAUGUAUCGGCAAGCCCAAAUCUCACAUCACUGUCAAGCUGUCCGAGGGAGACCACGGAGAGCUCCUGAUCAAGUCGCCUACCGUGAUUCUCCUCUUCCCACACAGCUACCUAAACGACCCCCAACGCACCAAGUCCGUCUUCGACGAAGAAGGCUUCUACCACACCGGUGACCUAGUCCACCUCUCUCCAGAGGGCGAGUACAUCUACGAACGACGAAUCACGCUCAAAGACCCCGUGUCCGUAAUGGAACAAAAUCUCUCCGCUCUCCCCUACCUCCAAGACAUCCGCGUGACCCAACUACCGCUAGAUCACGCCUACGGGUCCUUCAUUCUCGGCCUCGUCGUCCGGAUCUGUCCACAGACCAUGAAGUCGAAAACCACCACGCAAAUGGACCGCGCCGGCUGCUGGCGCCGGCUUCAGGCCGUGUUCUCUCUGACUUUCCUUCAGCUGGAGAAUAUGGUCCCCAUUGCUGUUCGGGUGCUGGCGCCGGACGAGAAGAUGACCUGGGACCGCGAACAGCUUCGUGACGCGUUCCCGUAUAACGUCGAUCCAACGUUUCGCGCGGACUAUGAGAUCGGCGUGCAUCGGGCUUGGUUGAAUUGA